CGAUGAAUGGGAAAAUUUUAUACGAAAGACUGCCAAAUAUCCAGCUGCAAGGCUUCGAUGAUGACGUUGUUAGAGAUACUGCACCUCCGUUUAUGGUUUUGGAAAAAUGUCAGGAUAUGUGUUUGAGAGAUAGAUCUUCGAAUAAUAUUGUUAGACAAUGUGCAUCUUUCGAUUUCCAACCAGGAAGUCGUAUAGCAACCUUCAAUGGAGACCCACAAUACGAAGAAAGUACUUGUUAUCUCACUGGUGAACAAGCUAGACCUGAAGGUUUAGGUACUUUAAUGCUAGCACCGAACAGUAUACAUUUUACAGAAGUUUGCAUAACAUCCAAUAGACCAGACCGAGAAUGUCCGAACCGUCGUUACAUCUUCGAAAGACACCCUCGAAAAAAACUCAAACUUCCCGCAGCAGAUAUGAAAGAAAUGAACGCCAACAACAGAAGCGAAUGCGAAGACAAAUGCCUCAACGAGUUCAGCUUUGUUUGUCGAUCGGCCACUUUCGAUGUGGGCAUGCGCACUUGCACUUUAAGUCGUUUCACUAGAAGAACUCAUCCGGAAUUGCUGGAAGACGAUCCCGAAAGUGACUAUUUGGAAAAUACUUGUUUGAAUGCCGAAAGAAGAUGCGACGGCUUGGCGGUGUUCAUCAAGGAAGAAAAUAAAAGACUCGGGGGGCCAUUUGAAGUUGAUAUGUUUACCAAUUUAACUUUGGAAGAUUGUCAAGGGAUGUGUGUGAGAGCGGAAAAAUAUUUGUGCAGGUCCAUUGAGUAUGACGAAAUGACUAAGCAGUGUACUCUAUCAGAAGAGGACUCUAUAUCUCAAAAAGAUGACAUCGGAGUGGCCAGUAGUCCUACGCAUCAUUUUUAUGAUUUUGUUUGUUUGGAUAGCCCACGUGGCUCUGAGUAUCCAGAUAAUUCAGUGACGUCACAUUUGUUUACUGGAAAGAAGCCAGAUACAGCUUUUCAACGAUAUAGGAAUAGUCGUUUGGGUGGUGAACACCAUUCUGAAAUAUCCGGUAGAACGCUGAGCGAAUGCCUAGACGAAUGCUUACGCCAGCCCAGUUUCCAGUGUAGAUCGGCAGAAUACAGCGAACGCUACAAAACCUGUAGAUUAACCAGACACAAUCAACGUGACGGAAUGAGAAUUAUUUACGAUGCUGACUAUGAUUAUUAUGAGAACCUUAUGCUUGGUGGAGAAGGAGAUGGAACUGGUAGCAGACCAGGCGAAUAUUCGGGAAGUAACGGGUAUCGACCGGGUACAGGAGCUAAUAUCGGAGGCAAUAGAUAUCCUCCAAGCGGUGGGCGUUAUCCUAUAACCACAGGCAGUAGAUAUCCGCCACCUAGUGGAGGAGGAGGUUAUGAGGAUCGAUUACCCGCAGGAAGACCACAGUAUGCUGACAGAUAUCCAGAUGACGAUAAAUAUCCGGAAUACGACAGGUAUCCAGCAAGGCCUACUGGUGGUAGAUACCCAGCAGGUCCUCCAAGAUAUCCACCAUCGUCGAGUGGAGGCAGAUAUCCGUUAGAUGAUAGAGAUAGAUAUCCAUCGUACCCGCCAUCAUCGAGCGGUGGAAGUUUGUAUCCAAGACCACCUACUAGACCAACAAAUGGUGAUAGAUAUAAUGGAGAUAAAUAUGGAGAAAGAUACGGUAGUAGAUAUGGUGAUAGAUACGACUAUAAGCAUGAUAGCUUUUAUGGUGAUAGAGUUGGAGAUCGAUUUUAUGCUGUUGACAGAUACCCACCUGGUGUAGCUGAUAGAUAUAACGGAGAUAGAUAUAACGGUGCCGACAGAUAUCCGAUGGAUCGCGACCGUGACAGAUACGAUAGUGAAGAAAGAUUCGUUUCACGAUACGGCGGAUCUGGAGCCAGCAGGUACGGUGGUAAUACGCGCUUCAAUGAUAGAUACGGAGGUUCGAGAUUUGGAGUUAGUGGCAUCGGAACUCGUUACGACACAAAUCGUUACGAUUAUAAUGACGAUGGAGGUAGCAGAUGGUUGCCUAGACCCGACAGGCGACCUUUAGGUCGUCCAGUUGACGCCAGGCCCUAUGAAAGACCAAGUUUUGACGAAAGGCCUUAUAAUAAUCGUAGACCGAUAUUAUUAGGACCCGAUGAGGAUAGGCCUUAUGUCAAUCGUAGACCGAUAUCGAUAGGACCCGAUGAGGAUAGGCCUUAUAGUAAUCGCAGACCAAUAUCGCCAGGGCCUGAUGGACCUAUUUAUGAUAAUUUUGGUGGGAUAGCACCAGUGAGGCCGUUUAAUACUAGAUGCGAUGAAGGGGACAGUUUCAAACAGAUGGGUUCAAGACAAAGAGCGAGGAAGGAGUAUGUUAGAAGAGCAUUGUUUGCCCCAUCAUUGAGUAGAUGUCAACAAGAAUGUAUUGACGAGAGGGAGUUUGUUUGUAGAUCGUUUAAUUACAAAGAUCAACCAUCAUUAUCUAGUACCUACGAGUCAGACCGUGACAAUUGCGAGCUGAGCGACAGAGACAGCAGAGAUUUGGAAAUGGGAAACACUCAGCAUUUCGACAGCACUGGAAACUAUGAUUUUUACGAAAGAUCACUAGGAGGAGGUAGCGCUGAUGACUGUCUGGAUGUGAGCCAAGUGUGCAACGAAGACGGAAUGGAAUUUACCCUGAGAACUCCUGAACCGUUUUAUGGGCGCAUCUACACUUAUGGAUUCUAUGACAGAUGCUUCUUUAGAGGAAAUGGUGGCAGUGCUAAUGUACUUAGAAUCAGUGGAGCUCAAGGUUAUCCAGAAUGCGGCACUCAACGUUACGGUGACACCAUGACCAACAUAGUAGUAGUUCAAUUCAGUGACUUUGUGCAAACAGGGAAAGAUAAAAGAUUUAAUCUUACAUGUUUGUUUAGAGGUCCUGGAGAGGCGGUGGUAUCUUCUGGAUUUAUUGGAGCUGGCUCUGGUAGUCCAAUUCCAAUAGAAUAUCUUCCAGCAGAGAAUUCCUUAAGCUCCAAAGUUCGUCUAAUGAUUCUUUACCAAGGAAGACCAACAACUACCAUAGCUGUAGGUGACCCAUUGACAUUUAGAAUCGAAUCUCAAGAUGGUUAUAAUUAUGUAUCAGACAUUUUUGCAACCAAUGUGGUAGCUAGAGAUCCCUACUCUGGAAGAUCUGUGCAGCUCAUUGAUAGAUUUGGGUGUCCAGUUGAUAGUUUUGUAUUUCCGGAACUGGACAAAGGACGUAGCGGUGACAGCUUGGAAGCUCGAUUCAACGCUUUCAAAAUACCAGAAUCCAAUUUCUUGGUUUUCGAAGCUACUGUGAGAAGUUGCAGGGACGGAUGUCAACCUGCUUAUUGUCAAACUGGCACUGGACGAUCUGAACCAUCAUUUGGUAGAAGAAGACGGUCUCUGAAUGAUACUCAAAUAGAAAACGGCACCCAAUCUGAAACCCUACCAGCUCCACAGCACCUCAAAGUAGCUACUGAAUCAUCAAAACCAAAAGAAAUUAAAGUUUCUUCCAAAGACUCUACAGUGUCGUUUAUUAAAACUUCUGAAGCUGUUGAUAGUGUUAAAGAUGCAAGUGAAUCUACCACGAAAAGGGUGGAAGAGGAACCUGAAUUUGUAAGAGAAAUGAUAGAAGUAUUCGAUUCAAGAGAAGAAAUGCCUCAAGCACGUAAAGCUGAACCAGCUCCCGAAAUAGUUUGUCUCAGCCCUGGAGAAUACCAUGGACUUAUUGGUGCAGUUUUUGUAUUGGUAGCCAUUCUUUUAACAGGCGCUUUACUAGCUGGAUUAGCCUAUAGAAAAUAUUGGUUAGUAAUGAGAAAAAAUAUGUUGGCUGACCGGAUGUCCUCAUCAAAUUUUUCUUCAUCACCAUCCUAUCCAACGACAAGAAGUAGUGCUGGACUAUCACAAGGUGUCUCUAUUUUUGGAACAACCAUCCAAAAACCGUUUUCCAACUUCAGCGUGGCCAGAGCGACAAACUUCCCGAUAUUACCCAAAGUAACAGACCCGUUUGAUUGUCCAGGUCCAUCAUCGGGAGGUCCGUUCGAGGAUCCUAGCGAGCCGAUUUACACUGAUCCUUCUUUGUUCGAGAGAUCGCGAAGCCUGAGGAGUAUAGCGGUGUCGGCGAAACGUCGUGCUACCGCUUUUGGUGAACGGAAAUAGAUAGUGACGUGAAUGGAGUUAAGCCAUAAUGUUUGUUUUGUAUUGAGAGGGCGUAAGAUUUUUUUUUGUGUUUAUUGAGGUUUCGGAAACUUGAUAUAAUGUAUCUUUUCAGCGCUUAUGUAAAUGCAUAAAAUAUUUUACACUAUAAUGUAAGUACUAUCCAGUAUAAGGUAUUGUAAGGAUAAUAUGGUUCUUUA